AUGAAAAUGUUCAGAUUUUCUUUUAUAUUUUUAGUUUUAACCAUAUUAAUCGGUGCAAAAUGUGAAUUACAUUUACAAAUAAUCAAAAACUAUAAUGACUUUCUCACCCCCGUGACUGAUAUAGUCGAAGAAAAAGCUGGAACAUCAUUCUCAUUAAUUUGUGAGCUCAUUGUUUCCAAUGACAGCAAAAAUUUCCUGGAUGACAAUCUAAUGUGGAUGAAAGAAGAGAAUGUCUCAAAUCAGACCAGGUUCAAAACAAUUCUCCAAAGCAUUCAGGGCAUCAACAAAUUGGAAAAAAAAUUCAUUCCUCUGCUAGUAGGUGAUAAUGGGAACCAUUACUGUGUUAGUAGAAAGUUCAACUUGUCUAAGAAAGUUUUCAUUAAAACAAUUGAUAAUAAUCGCAGAAAUGAUGUCAGAUCAUUGAGAGAAACAAUUUUCUGUAAUGAACUGAUGUUUCAAUGUGUUUCAAAUGGGCUCUGUAUCAUACCCCACUAUGUCUGUGAUGGAAAGCCUGACUGUAAAGACUCAUCUGAUGAAUCUCUGGAGCUAUGUAAUGGUGACCCUUGUAAAGAUAAGAUUCCUUGUGAUGAUGGAAGAUGUAUUCCAAGCAGUUGGUGUUGUGAUAGCCAUCAUGACAUGAAUUGUUCAGUCACAAAUAGGCCUAAGUGCUGUCAAGUGUUGAUUAUACCAGAAUCUUAUGAAGAUUUUGAGUAUCCUAACGUGAAUCAUAUCCAGCACAGUGGUACAAGAUAUCUGUUCAUUUCAGUAUGCAUCGUCAGCAUCCUCUUCUCCAUCGUCCUGCUGCUGCUCAUCAUCUCCAAGGUGAUGAUCUUCGCGAGGAAGACGGCGUUGCGGCAACAGCACCAAUCGCUGUGCGAGAACAUCGCACUGCGCAAUCGCACCGACGUCAACGUCAUCGGAGCGGAUUUCCGUCCAUCGAAUGUCUAUACGGUCCGGUCCAAUUCGCGCACGCCCAGAUUGGAUGUGAUCAUAGAUGCCUCGGAGGUGAACGACCCUCUGUUGUUUCCCCCCUGCCGGUUCGGGACGGGAAGCGAGGCCGAGUACGGCGAUCGGCCGCCUUCGUACGUCGACGUGCUCAGGAGCAAGCUGAUCAGCGAGCCGCCUCCACCUUACACGAGCAACGAGAUGCUCGACGACCAUAGGGGGUUGCCCGUGGGUAAAUGA